CGUGGCGUGGAGGUCCCAAUAGAAGCCCAGGGAGAUCUGGGGAAAAGGAGGGCGUUUCUGAUAUCUGACGAUGAGGCAAUGUGCAGCACAGGGCAGGGCUGGGCUCUGGGGCUGAACAGCACAGUCCCUCUGAGUUGCACGGAGACCUCGCAGGCCCCGGGAGCUGUCGCCCUUCCAGGAUGUGGCUCUGUGCUCUUGUCCUGGCCACCCUCGCCGGUUCCACGACUUGGGCAGGGCACCCAUCUUCGCCGCCUGUGGUGGACACCGUGCAUGGUAAAGUCCUGGGGAAGUUCAUCAGCUUACGAGGAUUUGCACAGCCUGUGGCCGUUUUCCUGGGAAUCCCUUUUGCCAAGCCCCCUCUUGGACCCCUGAGGUUUUCUCCACCACAACCUCCAGAGCCGUGGAGCUUCGUGAAGAAUGCCACCUCUUACCCUCCUAUGUGCUCCCAAGAUGCCGUGGCGGGGCAGGUGCUCUUCGAGCUCUUUACCAACCAUAAGGAGAACAUACCUCUCAAGUUUUCUGAAGACUGUCUUUACCUCAAUAUUUACACUCCUGCUGACUUGGCCAAGAAAAGCAGGCUGCCGGUGAUGGUGUGGAUCCACGGAGGGGGGCUGUUGCUGGGCGGGGCAUCAACCUAUGAUGGGCUGGCCCUCGCUGCCCAUGAAAACGUGGUGGUGGUGACGAUUCAGUACCGUCUUGGCAUCUGGGGAUUCUUCAGCACAGGGGAUGAACACAGCAGGGGGAACUGGGGUCACCUGGACCAGCUGGCCGCCCUGCACUGGGUCCAGGACAACAUUGCCAGCUUCGGUGGGAACCCAGGCUCUGUGACUAUCUUUGGAGAGUCAGCGGGAGCAGAAAGUGUCUCUGUUCUUGUUUUCUCUCCAUUGGCCAAGAACCUCUUCCACCGGGCUAUUUCUGAGAGUGGUGUGGCCCUCACUGAUGUUCUGGUGGAGAAAGGCGACAUCAAGCCCCUGGCUGAGAAAAUUGCUACCACUGCUGGGUGUAAAACCACCACCUCAGCUGUCAUGGUUCACUGCCUGCGACAGAAGUCGGAAGAGGAGCUCUUGGACACGACAUUGAAAAUGAAAUUCUUAUCUGUGGACUUACUUGGAGAUCCCAGAGAGAGUCACACGUUGUUGCCCACGGUGAUUGACGGGGUUGUGCUGCCGAAAACACCUGAGGAGCUGCAAGCUGAAAGGAAAUUCCAUCCUGUUCCCUACAUGAUCGGAAUCAACAAGCAGGAGUUUGGUUGGAUUCUUCCAAUGUUGAUGGGCUUUCCACUCUCCGAAGGGAAACUGGACCAGAAGACAGCCAUGUCACUCUUGUGGAACUCGUAUCCCAGUGUUAAAAUUCCUAAGGAACUCAUUCCAGAAGCCAUGGAGAAGUACUUAGGAGGAACAGAUGACCCUGUCAAAAAGAAAGACCUGGUCCUGGACUUGGUGGGGGAUGUGAUGUUGGGUGUCCCGUCUGUGAUUGUGGCCCGGAACCACAGAGAUGCUGGAGCACCCACUUACAUGUAUGAGUUUCAAUAUCGUCCAAGCUUCUCAUCAGACCUGAAACCCAAGACGGUGAUAGGAGACCAUGGGGACGAGAUCUUCUCCGUCUUUGGGGCCCCAUUUUUAAAAGAGGGUGGCUCAGAAGAGGAGAUCAGACUUAGCAAGAUGGUGAUGAAAUUCUGGGCCAACUUUGCUCGCAAUGGAAACCCUAAUGGGGAAGGGCUGCCCCACUGGCCAGAGUACGACCAGAAGGAAGGCUACCUACAGAUUGGUGCCAAGACCCAAGCAGCCCAGAAGCUGAAGGACAAGGAAGUGGCUUUCUGGACUAACCUCUUUGGCAAGAAGGCAGUUGAGAAGCCACCCCAGACAGAACACAUUGAGCUGUGAAUGGAAUGUCCAGCCAGCCUCAGGCGCCUGGAGGAGCCAAGAAUGGGGUCUUUUGCAAAAGAGAUUGCAGGUUAAUAAGGCAUCUUAUUGUGGCUGGGGAAUUGUCUGGUGGUGAGGGGCAGGGGCAGAGGCCAUGAAGAAGCAAGUUUCGUAUUUGUGACCUCAGCUUUGGGAAUAAAGGAUCUUUUGGAGGCCAAA